AUGGAGCCACGUAUCAUAUUUCAAACCCUAAGAAAGCAGUUCCCCGACAGCCUGCACGUUCAGAAAGACGUGCAAAAUGCGGUACAAAAAAUUAGAGCGACAAUAAUGGACGGAAAGAAUCCUAUUCAGGCACUGGAAAGCCUGCUGCAUGACCGCCGAUUCAUUUACGACACCCGACAAGAUCCCAAAACAGAUGUCGUAACAGAGAUUUUCUUUGUUCAUCCUUAUUUAAUCACUAUGUGGCGUGCAUUCCCGCACGUGAUGUUGAUCGACGCGACCUACAAAACAAACCUCUACAACAUGCCAUUUGUCCAGGUUGUGGGUAUGACGUCGACUGGGAAGUCUUUUUGUAUCGCACAUGCCGUUAUUUGUAAAGAACGAAGGGGUAACUACGUGUGGGUGCUUGAGCGGAUCAAGUCAAUAUUGCAUGAAUGUAUGAUGCCGCGUGUGAUAGUCACGGAUAGGGAGCUUGCCCUAAUAAACGCGUGUUCUAAAGUAUUCCCGAACGCAAAAAGGCUUCUAUGCCACUUUCACAUCCAACAAAAUACAGCUAGAAAGUGCAAGUCAGGGUUCGAUAAAGAAGAUUGGGGGAAAUUUAUGUCGUACUGGCGGACAUUGUGCGAAUCUUCAUCAGAACCCAUGUACAAGUACAACUUGGAGAAAAUGUAUAACCGACUCGUGGUUGCCAACCGAGAAAGUGUCUAUGAUUACGUCUACGAAAACUGGCUCAAAGACUAUAAAGAAAUGUUCGUUUAUGCGUGGACCGAUAAGUGUCGCAACUUUGGUCAGCGCACCACCAACAGAGUUGAGAGCCAGCACGCAAAUUUAAAAAGAUACAUUACGCGCGGGAGUUCAUUGGAGCGAAUAGCAAGAUGCAUCAUUGAUAUAGUUGAAACUCAGUAUGAUGAAAUACAAAAAAGUUUCACUGAGAGCAUCAAAAAAACAAUGAACCACCACAGACACCGAAUGUUGGACAACCUACGUGGAAAGGUUUCCCAUGAAGCACUUGAUUUGCUGGAAAAAGAGCUACUGAGGAAGAUGGAUGUGUUGCGGAAACUUAACGCGUCAUGUGGUUGCCAUAUGUGGCUUAGCAAAGGAUUGCCGUGUGCUUGUAGGCUGGAAAACUACAAACGUACAGGGCGUAUAAUACAACUCGACGAGAUAGAUGUAUUCUGGCGUAAGCUUGACUUGCUCCCGUGUAAACUGGUAGACGAGGAGGUCGAUAUUGUAGCAGAGCUCAAUAAUGUGCGGCAACAUUUAGAGGCGCAGUCCCCCGUUCAGCAAAAGAGUAUGCUUUCAAAGAUAAAAGCGGUCUUCACCCCGAAAUCGUCAACCAAGAAACCACCAAUCGUCCAGCAAAACACUCGCGGUCGGCCUACAUCAAAGAAAGUACAAGAAAGGCUAGAUGAAGCUGCGAGGUUAGACGAAGCUGCGAGAUACAGCUCCUAUGGCGAGGACAGCAACGUAAUUACCGCUUCCCCCAAACAUAGGUACGAUUUACCCCGACACAGCUCAUACGUACCGUCAGAGGGCUCUCGUGGAACUGGUUCGUUUGUGAAGUCUGAAAAACCUAAAAUGCAACCAAACAGUUCAACAAGUUCUAAAAAGAAGGAGACGCGGGAUGAUAAGGUUUUUCCAUUAAUAAAGGGGGACGAGCACUUGUUAUGCAUUAAGAGGUUUAAGAAUCAAAUUCCAUCAGAGUUUCGCUCUUACAUAUCGCGUAUACAAGAUGUGACCCCAGACGGUCAUUGUGGGUACAGGUCUGUGGCUGUCGGGUUAGGUUUUACGGAACACGCAUGGCCCAAUAUUCGAAGAGAUUUACUACUGGAGAUUGACCAUAACAAACCGCGUUGGAAGCAUGUAUUCGAAACAUAUAACGAAGGAGACUUUAAACGAAUACGUAAGAGCAUCGAAUGGCAUUCAGUGAAAAGGUGCGAUGAAAGUCACUGGAUGGAAAUGCCCCAGGUAGGGCUUCUCAUAGCGCAAAGGUAUAAUAUUGUCCUCCACGUGCUAAGCAUUGAAUGGAGCUCUACCAUCUUCCCAUUAACGGAUGCCCCACUAGAUCCACGACCUCAAGCGAUAACGCUUGUACAUGUUCACGGGGGACACUUCAUACAUGCAAAGUUGGAAGGAGACUACCCCAUGCCUUUAGUGAACCCGUUGUGGUCGGCACAUCGAUCAAUAGCUGCGAAACGGUGGGAAGAAAUGUAUAGACCGCGGUUAGAGCACUACUACGAGUUAAUGCAUCCUAAAUCAGACCGAGACAAAGACAGAGAACCGAGUUUAAAUGUUAUCGAAGAUUAA